AAACAACAAAACCAACUCACUCUCUCUCUCUCUCUCUCUCUCUCUCUCAAUAUACUAUCCAUACAUGGCAUGCAAUUUUCAAUCUGUUUUUCUUCCUCAAGGAAAGCUUUCUAGAUUUGGAUCAAUAGUGUCGAUGAAAAUAAACUUACCGUUGAAGGCACAGUCUGAGAAUGAUACCCAGACCGUGGCUCCGGCUAUGCCUUCAGUGACAAGUAAAGAGACAUUGAGUAGUGGAGGAGUGAUUUGCCCACCUAUGAUCACGACGAAGUCAUUGACAUGGAGGUUGCUUGAGCCGGAAGAGAGAAAAGCCGGUAGUACUGGAAAAUUUGGAAAGUAUGGAGGGAGGUUCGUCCCCGAGACAUUAAUAACUUGCUUGGACAAGCUUGAAGCUGAGUUUAACUUGGCCAUGCAUGAUGCUGAGUUUCAGGAGGAGCUCGCAAUUGCCCUAAGGGACUAUGUUGGACGAGAAACACCUCUAUAUUUUGCUCAAAGGCUCACAAAUCACUACAAGAAUAAUAACGGUGAAGGACCAGAAAUUUAUCUGAAAAGAGAGGAUCUCAACCACGGUGGAGCGCACAAGAUCAACAACGCCAUCGCUCAGGCAAUGCUUGCCAAGCGAAUGGGCCGGAAAAGCAUUGUGGCAGCCACCGGAGCAGGGCAACACGGGGUUGCAACCGCAGCGGCUUGUGCCAAACUCUCUUUGGAGUGUACCAUUUUCAUGGGUAGCCUAGACAUGAAGAGACAAUCAUCCAAUGUACUCCUAAUGAAUCUUUUAGGUGCUCAGGUUAAAUUUGUUGAUGGAAACUUCAAAGAUGCAACCUCAGAAGCAAUAAGGAACUGGGUUGGGAACCUUGAAACAAGCUACUACUUAGCAGGAACAGCAGUAGGGCCUCAUCCAUCUCCGACCAUGGUUCGGGAAUUCCAGUCGAUCAUCGGAAAAGAGACAAGAAAACAGGCUAUGGAGAAGUGGGGCGGCAAGCCUGAUGUCCUAGUUGCCUGCGUCGGAAGCGGUUCCAAUGCACUCGGGUUGUUCCAUGAAUUUUUGAGAGAUGAAGAUGUGAGACUGAUCGGAGUUGAGGCCGGUGGCUCUGGCGUAGACAGUGGGAGACACUCUGCAACUCUGGUUAGAGGUGAAGUUGGGGUAUAUCAUGGAGCCAUGAGCUACUUGCUGCAAGAUGAUGAAGGGCAAAUUGUUGGGGCACAUUCUAUUGGUGUUGGGUAUGAAUGCCCGGGGGUUAGUCCGGAGCUCAGCUUCCUUAAAGACAUUGGAAGGGCAGAGUUCUACACUGUCACUGACCAAGAAGCCAUUGAUGCAUAUCGACGACUAUGCCGACUUGAAGGAAUUUUUCCAGCCUUGGAGGCCUCUCAUGCAUUGGCAUUUCUAGAGAAACUUUGCCCUACUUUACCCCAUGGCACAAAAGUUGUAGUUAAUUGUAGUGGGCGUGGAGAUAAGGAUGCUAGAACAGUAUUCAACUAUGAACUAUACUAAGUGGAACCCCAUAGUUUGCUUUGAUCUAACUCAACAAUAAGCCAAACAAUUGGCGGCACAGUCUCUACCUUCAAAAGAAUUAUCGACUAUGGUUUAGCCCAAGAAUCACAGCCUCAUCGUUUUGCCCAUUCACACUCCAAAGUUCGAAAGACAUCUCUUAAAUAAAAGUGUCAUACACCAUUUAAAAAGUUUAUAUUAGACAUCAUUAAAAUCUGAUGUAGGAUAGCAUUUAUGCAAAUGUAACCAUUAAUCUGGAUGAAGUGACAAAUGUAAUUAUUAUUGUUUUCUUCAUCAAUAAAGCUUAAUUUUGCUGAGAAAAAAAAAAUAUUGGACGAAGUGGCAAUGGUGCCCAAGAUGUAACAUAUUGUAUAGGUAUAUGCUCAAUAAAUACUUAAACCUAAUUAUGAUCA